AUGACGAAGAGCAAGGUCCGCAGUGGCACAUCCUCAUUGGUGAUGGUCCCGCUUCCACUUCCGCCGGGACCAUGGUCGUGGCCACUGGUGGGUAGCCUGUCUGAGAUGGUGCUCAAUAAGCCAGCAUUCCGUUGGAUCCAUCGCGUGAUGAAGGAUAUGGGCACCGACAUCGCUUGCUUCCGCCUUGGCGGCGUCCACGUCGUCCCGAUCACAUGUCCCAAGAUCGCAAGGGAGGUGCUCAAGAAGCAGGACAAGAACUUCUUGUCCCGCGCACUCACCUUCGCCUCCGACGCCAUCAGCUGCGGGCACGUCACGCGGCACUACCGCGGCAACGUCAUCCGUCGGCUUGUCUUUGGCCAACGGUACUUCGGGGAGCCUCAGCCGGGGCCGAUGGAGGUGGAGCACAUGGACGCUUCCUUCACCCUCCUAGGGCUCCUCUUCUCAUUUUUCGUCAGCAACUACCUCCCGUGUCUACUUGGCCUAGACCUCGACGGCCACGAGAAAUUUAUUAAGGAGGCCAACAUAAAAGUGGAUAGACUGCACAACAUGGUCAUUGAAGAGCGUUGGAGGCAGUGGAACAGCGACGAGAGGCAGGACGGGGUCCAGGACUUCCUUGACGUUCUCAUCACGCUCGCCGAUGGUGACGGCAAGCCAUUGCUCAGCAUCGAUGAGGUCAAAGCACAAUGCAAGGACAUAAUAUUAGCGGCCAUAGAUAACCCGUCAAACGCAGUGGAGUGGGCGCUGGCAGAGAUGGUGAACAACCCAGAAUUGUUGGCCAAAGCGGUGGAGGAGAUGGACCAGGCUCCUGCAUGGCUUCACCUGGACCAAACCGGCUGGGGUGUCGGCCAUCAAUCUCCGCGAGUCCAAGCAUGA